GGGGAGGCAAAGCCCGGCGGGAGCCUCGAGCGGUCUGGCGGCUGCAGUCUGCCCUCCUCGGUAUCCCUAGUGAAAGCUGAUGAAGCCGCGGGCUCUGCUAGGAGCCCUGGCCGGGCUAGUGCAGGCUCUGCUUGUGUUAAGAUCGCCUUAGAACAUGCUUCUUCUGCAAGCCCUUUGGAUGAUGGCCUCCACUCCAAGCACUGAGCUUCGGUAUCAUGUUCAAUACUGGAAUUGGCCAGCACAUCCUGAAAAAUCCCCUCAUUGUUAACAACAUUAUAGAGAAGGCUGCCUUACGGCCCACGGAUGUUGUUCUUGAAGUAGGACCUGGAACUGGUAACCUGACAGUAAAAAUGCUAGAGAAAGUAAAAAAGGUAAUUGCUUGUGAACUUGACCCACGACUUGUGGGUGAACUUCAGAAGAGAGUCCAGGGCACAUGCCUGGCAAACAAACUGGAAAUAAAGGUUGGAGAUGUGUUGAAAACUGACUUACCAUUCUUUGAUACAUGUGUAGCUAACUUGCCUUAUCAGAUUUCUUCACCUUUUGUUUUCAAGCUGUUGCUGCAUAGACCCUUUUUCAGGUGUGCAAUACUUAUGUUUCAGAGAGAAUUUGCUCUUCGUUUGGUUGCUAAGCCAGGGAAUAAACUAUACUGCAGACUCUCAAUUAACACUCAGUUAUUAGCCCGUGUGGAUCAUCUAAUGAAAGUUGGAAGGAAUAAUUUCAGGCCUCCACCCAAAGUUGAAUCCAGCGUUGUCAGAAUAGAGCCAAAGAACCCUCCACCACCUAUUAAUUUUCAGGAAUGGGAUGGUCUAGUAAGGAUAGCCUUUGUCAGGAAAAACAAGACACUCUCUGCAGCAUUUAAAUCAAGUGCGGUGCAGCAGCUGCUGGAUCAGAAUUAUCGAAUUCACUGUUCUAUACAUAAUAUUGAAAUACCAGAAAACUUCAAAAUUGCAGAGAAAAUACAGAUGGUUCUAAAAAAUACAGGUUUCUCAGAAAAACGGGCUCGCUCAAUGGAUAUAGAUGACUUCAUUAGAGUGCUGCAUGGCUUCAAUUCAGAAGGCAUCCACUUUUCAUAAAUGGCUGAACAGGGAACAUUUUACAUUCUCUGGGGAGAACCUGAAAUGUGACAUCAACAAAGGUGUUCGUAGGAGGAAGAACUCAUGUUGAGAGCAAUCACCAGCAGACAAAGUAUAUAUGACUAUUUUGCAAUAACUGCUCAGAAGUACUUAUUUGAGGACAAUAACUGUAAAAGUGCUGUAACAUUUUAAAAUUGUAACUGUCAAGACUAAAGCUAUGUGCCUUUUUUCCCCCCCAAUAGAGCACCUUUUAAAUGUACCCCAUGAUAUGAAGUGGCUCCAAAAGCCCCAAAUUAAACCCUUCCCUCCCUGACUUUGCACCUUCUCCUACCAUUACAACAUUCAGAAUGGAACUCAAACCUCUGUUUGUUUGGCCACCACAGAACUAUUUGUAGACUGGUGGCAUAAUGCCAAUUUAUGGGAGUUUAGAAUAAAUUAACUUUAACUUUAAAAAAAAAAUGAAGCAUGUAUCUCUUUAACCGUUCCUUUCUGAUAGCUACCACAGGCCCUGGACUGUUGGAGAAAUUGCUGCUAGAAUGAGCAGAUCACCACAGUAUACAUUCUAGAUCGGGGUAGGCAACCUGCGGCAUGCAAGCUGAUUGUCAAUGGUACUC